GACAGUUUCCCCAGUAACCCAGCACCUUCUGCCUGUGGUGGUGGUGGCUGCAGCAGGGACGCAAGUAGAUGGCCCGAAUUCGGAAUCUGCAUGGCUGCCACUGAGCAGAUGACUGUUCUCAUCUCUGAAAGAAAUCAGCUGUGCUGCUAGAUCUUGGGAGGAAGCCCUUUCCCUGGCAGACAGUGUUGAUGCACCAGAAGAAAGAGCAGUAAAAGCAGAUGUCAUUGGAGCUUCCCCUCUUCUCUAGCUCCAUGCCCCCUGUCUCCUGAAUUGUUUAAUACAACAGGUGUUGAGACCUUGGAUAGCAGAGAGUCUGCUUAAGGAUGAAAAGCUCUACAAGGCUGGACCCCAGUCAUGGGUGGAAGCUCUCUCAGCUUCUCGAUGAACUGCAACGAGUCCAUCGAGAUGAUGUUAAACUUUAUACCUCAGGACACCUGAAUCCUAAUAAACUCUUCAAUCCCCCUAGGCCCACACGUUUCUGGUCUGGUUCCCUUGGGCCAAUAAGCAAGAGGACUGUACCAAAAGAUCAAUUUGAUGAGAAAUCAGCAAAGAUGGAAGAUGCUUUGUCUGAAUUUGCCAUCAAAACUGCUCUGGUCUCAGAUGCUUCUGAUCGUCCUGGCUUCUUGAAGAUUCUGGAUGCUCAACCACAAAGUGGUUUACUUCCUAGCCUUCCAAUCUCUGAUAUAGCACUUGAACAAAAACUGAAAGAAGAGAGAAAAAAACUACACGAUGAAAUGUUUAAGAAAGACCUCAAAUUGCCGGAGCUCCGACUGCUGAAGUAUAAAACAGGCAAAAACAGUCGCCAGUGCCUUUCUUCUUCUAGAGAUGAAUACCAAUUUAUUAGCUCCUAUUUGUCUGGUGUGACUAAAAGGGAUAAGUUUCUUAAGUUUUUACAAUUUGAAAAGGAUGUGGUGGCGAAGCAAGAUCUUGUCGAAAGUGAUUUCACUGGGGCCAAGGUCGCAGUAAGCCAUGAAAAGAAGUUGGAACAGGAACUCCAGAAAAUACAUAAUAAUGCUCCCCCAGAAUUUAACAGACUGCAUGUGUUUGGGAAAAUCUUUGAGGACAUUUGUAACAGCUCUCUUAUGUUUGGUGACCUCCUGAAGGAAGUGAAGAAUGAAUAUGAACUCUACAUGGCAAUUCUUCUGGAUUCCCAGUCUUCCAUCCAGUACAAGACUUUGCUGGCUCAAGUAAAGGGAAUAGAAAAGAGAACUGUGAUGACCUCAGAUAUAGAAGAAGCCAGAGAUGAAGUAAAGAGGCUUGUGAAGGUGGCCAAAGGAGCUUUGGAGAGAAAUGAAGAACUCCGAAGUGAAUUGGAAUUAGAAGAGUCGCUUAGCAAGACUCCUAGUGCUAAAUCAGAGUCACCUGAAAUUGAAGGAACUGAAGAAAAGCCACUUACUUUGAUUGAAAAGAUUGAAGAAAAGAGAUGUGAAAUUCUUAAUAAAUGGGAUGCAAUCUAUGCUCUUGAAAAAACCAUCAAGACCAACUGGGCUCAUGCUGGAAUUAUAAACAUUACCGAGAAUAGCAUUAAAAGCAUAGAGACUGAAGCUAUUAAGUUGGAGACAGUUAAUGGGAUUUUAAAGAAAAAAAUAAUGGACUCUGAAUUAAAAAUCAAAGAAAACCUUGACAGGUAUAAAGUAAGCCAGGAAGAGCAGCAGAAAUUUUGGGAUUUCCUUGAUGCCCUUAUAAGAUCUGAAGAAGCGGAAGAAUACUACUGAGUACUUGAAAAAAUGGCAUGUGAACAUCAAGAAUGAUCUCAUGAACGAGCCCUUGACAUUUUGAAACAUACAAAUUAAAUCAGUUUGAUCCCUUUUUUUGUUUAUUUUAGAAUCAAGUUCAGUAUUAUUUUCCAACAAAAAACAUAGGGAUAUGUAUAUAUACACAUGUACAUACAUAUACAUAUAUAUGUUGUGAAAACAUUUUUGUAAAUUUUUUCUGCUUAUCUCUUUGUAUAUAUUUGUAAUGCUGUAUCUAUAGAAGCUUUGCAGAAACAAUGAUUUCAUUUAAUAAUUUCCCUUUGGGAAAAUACUUUGCAUAGUUUUCAUAAAUAGGAAAAUUAGCAUAAAUGUAAUAUAGGUCCAAUUUGGUUUUGAAUGUUUGCUUAGUGCAAGUUCAGAUUUUUUUGUGUUUAAUAAAACCUGACAAUGAUCUAAUUGAUACAAC